AUGGUGCCUCGACCCGCUCCGCGGUCAACCCCACCACCUCUUAUUCCUGAGUUCUAUGCCGGCAGGGAACUGUUCAUCACUGGAGCUACAGGAUUUAUGGGCAAGGUGCUCGUAGAGCGUCUGUUAUGGACUUGUCAAGAAAUAUCCAAGCUCCAUCUGCUGAUGCGACCCAAGAAAGAUGUAUCGCCAGAAAAACGAUUGAAGCAGCUGAAGCAGUCGCAGGUCUUUGAUGUGAUCAGAGAACGUUGUCCGAAACAACUGGAAAAGUUGAGCAUCGUUGCUGGAGAUAUUACUCAACCGAAGCUUGGUCUGAACAAGGACACUAUCCAGAGAUUAAGAAAGGUGUCAGUAGUAUUUCACUCAGCAGCGAUAGUCAAGUUCGAUGAGAUGCUUGACGUGGCGGUGGAACAGAACCUCAAGUCCGUACUCAAGGUGAUGGACUUUUGCGAUCAGCUUCCAAUGAUACAGGUAAUGGUGUAUAUUUCGACGGCGUACAGCAACGCUGACAUUCCAAAUAUAGAAGAAUGCGUGUACACAACGCAAAUGAAUCCACACCAGCUCAUGUCCAUUGUCGAUAAUCUAUCUAAAGAAGCCCUCACAGCUGUUACUCCGAGUUUGAUUUCGCCGAAACCGAACACAUACACGUUCACGAAGGCGAUGGCUGAGAGUGCGGUGGCGGAGCGCGCGCUAGCCGCCAAAUAUGCUACAGCUAUAUUCAGACCAUCUAUAGUGGUAUCCUCAUUGCAAAAUCCAUUCCCAGGAUGGAUAGAGAACCUCAAUGGCCCCAGCGGAAUCACUGUCAGCGCUGGAAAGGGUUUACUCCACGUUAUCCACUGUUCAGGAAACAAAAGGGCUGACAUGAUACCCGUGGAUAUUGCUAUCGACACUUUGAUAGCCGUUGCGUGGGAAACUGGUAUAGACAAGUGUCGGGAAACUCGUGUGUACAAUUGUUGUUCGUACGACAAUCCGACGACUUGGGGGGAGUUCAAGGUCGGCAUGCUCCAUAAUGUGCGCAAAUAUCCAUUCGAUACACCACUUUGGUAUCCAUUUGGGUUUUUCACAGAGAACAAAUUCGUUCUGACAGUAGCUCAGUGGUUGUUGCAAGUGGUACCUCUUCACUCAAUCGACUUUCUAUGUAAUAUGUUCGGAAUUAAAACAAGUCUAAACCUUGCAACCAUUAGUAAGCGUCUCCGAACUAUGAGCAAAAGUCUCCAGUUCUUCAUGACCAACGAAUGGAAAUUCAAUACCGAUAAUGUUCGACGUCUAAGAGAAAGGUUGACCCCUGCUGAUUCCGCUAUCUUAAAUCUCGACGUAUCGGCAAUUGAUUGGAACGAUCACUGCGAGAAGUUCAUACAGGGAACGCGUCGUUACCUUCUAAAGGAAAAAGACGAGGACAUCGAACGAGCCCACUCGCGGAUGCGCCUGCUACAUAUACUUCACCGACUGGUGCAAUUCGUGAUAGCGUUGUUCCUCUGUUGGCUGGUACUUCACUUACCCACUAGGCUCACCGUCUUUUGA